AUGGAAAAAAUUAAAGAAUAUUUACCGGAUGUUUCUAGCAUACCUGGAAUCAUGUUCUACUCUUUUAUAUCUUAUUGGAUGAUAUAUGCAUUGAGCAUGGUUGUCGAUAGAUUGAUGUUCUCGGGCAAAGGUGAGGAGAAUAGCAAAAUGAAGAAAAUCAUUAAAGCAAGAGAUGUUAAGAAACAACAAGCAGAUAAACUAUUGAAGAAAAUCGAUAAAGUCACAAAAUGA